AUGUACAUACCUCAUCUCAGAAAUAUAGACAGAUACUCGUGCUGUUUUCUUUCUACAUCUAUUUCUCUCUCUCUCUCUCUCUCUCUCUCUCUCUCUCUCUCUCUCUCUCUCUAUCAAUCUCUCUCUCUCUCUCUCACACACACACACACUUUCUCUUACUCUUUCACACUCUCUCACACUCUCUCUAUCACUCUCUCUCUAUUACUCUCUAUCUAUCUCUCACUCUCGUUCUCUCUCACUCACUCUAUCUCUCUCACACACUCUCUCUCUCUCUCACUCCCAAUUUCUCACUCUCUAUCUCUUUCUCUCUCACUCUCUAUCUUUCUCUAUAUAUAUCUCUAUCUCUCUAAUCUUAUCUCUCUCCUCUGUCAACUUUUACUCCUUUUCUCUCUCUCUUUCUCUUCAUCAUCUUCGCUAAUUUCUUUUCUAUUUUAUCAUUUCUUUCUCAUUGAACUCUCACUCCAAUUUCUUUUCUCUUUAUCUCAUUUUCUCUCGCUUCCUAUCUCCGCCUCUUUCUUUCUUUCUUUCUUUCUUUCUUUCUUUCUUCCUUCCUUGCUUUCUAUAUCUCUAUUUCUUUAUUCCUUUAUUUAUUUAUAG